UUACAACCUGGUUGUCAUCAUCGUCAGAUCACACGCAUCGUAGGUCUCAUCAUAGAUGCCAUUAAUACCUCAUCACGAAUCCGUCUGAACAACAUACUUAUCCAUCGCUCAAACCUUUCUUUUGCUCUUUGACUCCUGCUCUCGUAGCCCACCAGAGGAAUAUGCAGCAGCAGCACUGAAACCCUCCGAACAUGUGCGAAUCCGUAGCGGGAACUCUCCACGCAUGCGGGCAUUCGAGGACAAGAACUCUAGCCUGAGAAAAAGAGAUUCGACACAUUAUAAUAGUACGGCAUGGAUGGAGAGCCUCGGAGGUGGAAAGCCGGAGUGGUGGCCGAGUUCUGAUCGAAGGCCAAGCACGGCUGAUAGCGAGGAGAGGGAUGAUGGAAGCGUAUUGCCUGGUGGAGAAAGGGAUCAUGAGAUGGCACCUUGGCAAGGUAUUUAUCGCAGGCUGUCGCUCAAUUGUAUCGUGGGCCUACGCAAACGUUCUUUUCUACUAUGCUUUCCUUUGGAGGCUGCUCAGGCCUGA